GCUAUAGCUAAGUCAGCGGGAUCAUAUCAGUGUAUCGAAGACAUUUGUCGCUUUGUGGGGGCACGCAUAUCCUAUGGCGUACGACCGUAUUGUUGGCCCUGCGAGAAAUGUCUCAGCCUGGAAGCACCUAGCAUCUGGAAUCGGUCUGCGAUAUGUUCGACAUCUUCAAAUCUAAUCGUUAUAUGAGGAGAAUGACCAGCCCAAGAAAAUUGAAGACUUGGUCGCUGUCACACUCGUAGCAGCCCUGCGCCGACACCAGUUGCCCUCUUUCAGGUAAGCGUGGGACCAGUCGAUAUCUACCGAGCUAAAGCGUUAUUAGCUUCACGAUGCCGGCAUCUUCUGCACGAAAUUUAUCCAGUAGGACACUUCUGAUCUUGCUGGAGACGCAGCAAGUGCUCAGAAAGAUAGAACUCCCGGUCAUCGAAGGUCCACUAGAUUUCCGUCUUCAGGAAUUCGUUGGCAGUGCUAUACGCCCCCCCAGUCUUCAUUCGCUUGAUUUGACGAUGAAGACUCGCUCUGACGUUACCAACGAACAUGUUCAACUAAUCAGACGAUCUACAAAUACAGCGCAAGCGCACUUACGGCUUCACUCAGCUCCCACAACCGAUGGGCAUGAUAUAGGUCGAUCUCUAGCACCGGCAUCCUUCGUAUCUAAUAUCACUAGACUGACUUUCCAUGAGUGCAAGUUCGGCUACACGUCACUCUAUCUGCAAAGUACUCUGUUCCCAGCAGUUCGCGCUCUCGCUCUUGUGGACUGCAUAGAGUGGGAUGGAUUCUUCGUAUCUAAGCCGGAGAACUUUCUCGCGCUUAGGGCACUGAUGGUCAGAGGCGGAUAAUGUAUUACCUUCCAAUCCUGUCUGCACUUCACAGCACAAUUGAGCAACCUACGAGAGCUCAUCCUGCAUUC